AUGGCUAAAUUAGACACUAUGGUGCGUGGAAUAAUCCUAGCUGUUAAGUGGGACAUCAAGAACUUAAUGAUAUUUACCGACUCGGUAACUGUUCAUGGAUGGUUAAAAAGUGUGUUAACUGAAAGUCAUAGGGUUUGGUCAAAUGGACUAUCAGAAAUGCUAAUCAAACAAAGACUUUCAUUAUUGCACGAUUGGCGGGCAGAUGGGUAUAGGUGGAAGCAAAAUGACUGCAGUAAAAUUCCUCGGGGUUCGCCAAUUUACACAAAGAUCCAUUUUGCUACUGUUACAUCAACAGGAAUUUCAAAUGAUUUCCAGAAGUUUGUGUACUGUGAUCUGAGUCGGACAGAUCUUGUUGUUAUCCAUUACAUUGGUAACCACAACCUUGCAGUUUUAGUUCCUCAUGGUAAUUCCAGAAAACCAAUCAAGUUCUUACCAACAGCUUCAUCUGUGCUAGAUGCAAUUGCUGAUUCCCACAGUUACAAGGACCUUCUUCUUGAUUGCAAGGAUAGCCAGGUCCAAUUUCAACCAAGAAAUUCAAGGCAGUUUAAGUACGUUCGUAGUGUAAAAGCCGCUAGUAUGAAACUAGGCACUGAGCCUUUUUUAACAUUACAUGAACUGGCAUAUAUAAUUCCAGGCUUUGUGUGGUCCAUAUCCACUUAUCCUGAUUUGUGA